AUGACGGAACGGAUAUCACGUCUGAAGGCGAAGUUGCUUGGUCGAUUAUCUCCAAAAGCGGAUGCAGAUCCGAGUGCCCACUUCAACCGAAAACCCCCCUCAAGCCCUCUCGACUCCAACAAAUCCCCAGCUUAUAGCAUCGCAUCUUCGAAACAUUUGGAUGAGAUCACUGCUUCUCGCAUCCUUCAGGUACAGGAGCCCCUAUCCCCAGGGACAAACCCGGAACUGGGUUCCUCCGUUUCUGCGCCUUCGGAACAGCCUCACACAGGAACUCGCAAUUGUACGCCGUCGACGGAGCCAUAUAAUUCUUCCUUGCCAACUCCUAUCUCGGGCGAUCUCCCGUCUCCCCUUGAAACCCCUCCGUUAUCGACUCCUCAGCAUUCCGAUACCACCUCCUUCCAAUCCACCCACUUGAAAGCUCAGACACCAAUCCUGCCCGAAACUCCAUUGACUCCGACCCUGCAUACUGUUGCAGAGUGGCCUACGAAUGAUCGCCCUCCGACCUCCUACUUUCCUCCCUCAAGCAAGCGCCCGAGCCUUGCGAUCCGUCGGCAAUCUCUUCUCCCAGACACACACCACCACCUGAUUAGUGGGCUACUGGACGCGAGUGUUUUCUCUUCGGGAGACCAGCCUAGUGGUUUCACGCCCGUUGUUCCUUGCGAGAUGGUCACACGUCGGGUUUGGGUCAAACGGCCCGGUGGCUCGGCCACCUUGGUGCCCUGCAGAGAGGAUGCGGUGGUAGAUGAGCUACGCGACCAUGUCAUCAUGAAAUACGGGAAUUCAUUGGGGAGAAGCUUCGACUCGCCCGAUAUUGCUAUCCGAAUUUUGCCACGAGAGGGCUCGAAUCGACCAGGUCUCACUGAGCGUCUCUUGAGCCCGGAGGAAGUCCUAAUAUCUAUACUCGAUGCAUACUACCCUGGGGGACAGAACAUCGAGGAAGCAUUGGUGAUCGAUGCCCCGUCACGGCGGACCCCAAAGCCAUCGCCGCGCCAUUCGAUGUACCAGUACCACCAAUCAGAACCCGGCGAACAUGGCGAUUACUUUCCUCUCAUGCCGCCGGUCAAGGUGAACGCGGGCACACCGUCUGCACACUCGGGGGCUCCAUCAGUAGCGGCUAAUGCGCCGUCAAUUUCCAUCCUCAACACUGGUGUCGCUCCUUUACUACCAUCUCCGGGAAGCCGUAGGGCACGGCAUCAGCGACCUCCUUUGACACGACACAGAACAAAUUCUCCCACUAUCCUUCACAACCAGAACACCCAAACUCCCGGUAUAACAGAAACUGGCCCUACUCCUCAUUCCCAACCUCUCCCAGCUCCUCCUCCCGCAAUGCCUACACCCCCCGCCGCACCACCGCCGGUGGAAUCUCCGCAAGUGAAAUCACACACUCCCCCGGCAACGGCAUCACCACGCGUGAUGCGAAAAACAAAAGCAGCCACUUCUCCUGGUGCUAUGUUUGGCGGGUUGAUCGACGGCACCGUUCCGCCAAUCAAUGUCCUCAUCGUGGAAGACAAUAUCAUCAACCAGAAGCUUUUGGAGGCCUUUAUGAAAAGGUUGAAGGUGCGCUGGAAGUGUGCAAUGAACGGCGAAGAGGCAGUGCGAAAAUGGCGACAAGGUGGAUUCCAUUUGGUCCUGAUGGACAUCCAGUUGCCCGUGAUGAACGGCCUGGAAGCCACCAAGGAGAUCCGGCGCUUGGAGCGCUUAAAUGGCAUUGGUGUUUUCCCGAAGACAGCCUCUGGUCGCUUCAGCGCGUCCAGUACGCCUGCGACAGAGAGAAGACCUGGGCUUCACCGUACGGUCAGUGAAGAGGACACUUUGACAGAUCUCUCGCUGUUCCGGAGUCCAGUCAUUAUUGUCGCAUUGACAGCUAGCAGUCUGCAAAGUGACCGACAUGAGGCAUUGGCUGCUGGCUGCAAUGAUUUCUUGACCAAGCCCGUCGGAUUCCCUUGGCUUGAGCAAAAAGUUACAGAAUGGGGCUGUAUGCAAGCCCUGAUUGACUUUGAAGGCUGGCGCAAAUGGCGCGGGUUCAUGGAUUCUCCUCGCGCCGCCUCGCCAACUGUCGAUACAUCAUCCAGCCCGAUGCAAGGUGGCUACCGCAAAGAACCGCCACAAGUGGAUCCCCCGUCACCCUCGAUCUCCCGGCCCGCUAAUAAGUCCAAUCACUUCGAGACCAAGCCAACCCUACCAGAAGCCGCGCAAAUCAUGCGGGAGGAUUCAUGGGGUAGCGGAAGUCUCGACAGUAUAGAUUCAACAUCAGGAGACGGCGCGCCAGGCAGUGAUGCGACGGUCGUGCCUCUUGAUGAAGAAUGA